AUGCCCACUCUACCAAUUCUAUGCUUCAACGACGUCUAUCGUGUAUCUCAGAAAUACAACCCUCAACCGGGUGCACCGCCCACCAGCUCAUCUGAUCCACAACACAUCAACGUAUCUCAGUUCGCUCAGCUGCUCUUUUCAGAGAGAGACAAAUGGGCAGAUCGAGCAGAGACAAAAGGAAAAGAGAAAGAGCCAGUGAAAGAUGGAUUAGUGCUAUUUGCUGGAGAUGUAUUCAACCCUUCAGUGGAAAGUAGUAUAUCGAGGGGAAGUCAUAUGGUCCCGCUGCUCAACGCGCUGGAGCUGGAUAUAGCUUGUGUGGGCAAUCAUGAUUUUGAUUUUGGGUAUCCCCAUUUGACCAAGUUAAUCGAAUCGACCACCUUCCCAUGGCUCUUAUCAAAUAUCAUCGAUGAGAAGACUGGUCAAGUUCCUGAAACUCUUAACAAAUACUGGAUAACGGAACGAUGCGGAGUGAAGAUCGGGGUUAUAGGCUUGGUCGAGCAAGAUUGGAUCGCUACUAUACCUUCAUGGCCUAAGACAUUCAGAUAUCGACCAAUGGUAGAGACUGCUUUAGAGCUAUCGAAAGAGCUCCGUGAUCCCAAUGGACCGCACCAGGUAGACAUCAUCAUUGCCCUUACUCACUGUAGGGUACCCAACGAUAUCAAACUGUGUAACGAGCUUGGAGCUGUGGCUGAUAAGCCAGCAGUGGAGAAUGAGCAUGGUGUGGAUCUAUUGAUAGGUGGACAUGACCAUAUUUACUAUAUCGGUAAAGGUUUUACUUCAUGGGAAGGAUAUUCAGGUCGACAUGACGCACCAGGAACGACGGAGGAUCACGGUGUGAGGUUGAUCAAAUCAGGAACCGACUUUAGAGAUCUCACUUCCGCAUCACUCGAACUAACACCUACGAAACCUGGAUCGAUCCGUAAACAUCUCAUCACUUCCCUCAAGGGAAAACAUCUAUAUGUAUUACCUUCUUCACCAUCAUCGGAUUCCUUUGAUACCAUGGUCAAAUCGUUAUUGGCCUCUGUAUCAGAAGCGAUCCAGAAACCUGUUUGUUUCACCUUAUCGCCAUUUGAUGCUAGAUCAGAAAUCGUCAGGACGCAGGAAAAUGGUCUGGGUAACUGGAUUGCGGAUGUGCUUUUACAUGCUUAUGCGGAAAGUAUGUUAGAUAAGAACAAGAACGGUAACGGUACUGGUAAUACACCCUCUAAUGGUAACACCCCUCCUGCGAAUGGCGGUAAUGGGGAAGACAAAGAAUGCGCGGAUGCUGUUAUCAUUUGUGGUGGGACAUUAAGAGGGGAUUCGCAAUAUGGUCCAGGAAAGAUAACAUUAGGUGAUAUAUUGGAAAUACUGCCAUUCGAAGAUCCAGUGGUCUGCAUCGAAAUUGACGGAGCGGGCAUAUGGGAUACGCUCGAAUCGGCUUUAUCGAAAUGGCCUUCGCAAGAAGGAAGGUUCCCCAUCGUCUCUGGUUUAGCGGUAAAAUGGGAUCAUACUAGACCACCGAAUCAACGUAUCAUAUCAAUACAUAAGACGAAAAGACCUAAAAGGCAAGAAGACAAUGAUGAUGAUGAAAUCGAAAAUCCACAGGAUUUUGUCGAUUUCAAAGAACAGGAUGAUGGUACGAGAGUGGUUGUUAAGCAGAAGAAAUUAGAGUUGGGUGAGGAAAUCAAGAGGGAUAAUUCGAAAGUCUACAGAGUGAUUACUCGAGAGUACAUGGCUUUAGGCUAUGAUGGGUUUACGGACUUGAAAGAUAGGAAGUACAUUGUCGAUGAUGAGAAUGGACAGAUUAUGAGUAGUAUACUCCGAUCUUUCUUACUGGGCUCAUCAUACAUAUUCAGACACAAACAAUUAGAAUCAGCCGCCGCAGCUCACCUAUCAUCCCGAACUGACAAAGUGUUAUCAAGGGCUAGAGCCCAGCAUCAACAUUCACCUUCAUCAUCCCUUUCGUCGUCACCCCAAUCUAAUAAAGGUUUCUUAUCGCCCAAUUCCAACUUGGCUAAUUCCCAUCAUGGUGUUCUCAGUCCUGUAUCUGAGAGAUCGGCAAGUUCAGCUUGGGGUGUACUUCGUCGACAUGUCGUACAGCAUGAUUGGGGAACUAUAAGGGAUGCAUUACAUGUGGCUAAGCAUGAACAUAUGAGUAGUGUGGAUGAAGUUGCUGGUCAAGCAAUGCGUCAACAUCGCCAAGCUACCCCUCACAUGCCAGGCGAAUGGAAAUCCCGAGCCCCCACACCUUUACCAGGAUCAGAACCUGCUAAACCAGCUGAAAAUGCCGAUGAUGAUUUAUUGGUGAAUCAGGAGAAGAAAGAAUUAGAGAGUCUGAGCGAUGAUCUGGCCAUUGUUUGUCCGCUGAUCGAUGGAAGGAUGAGGGAUGUGAGUGAAGGAAAGCCCUAG